UCGGCAGGGUCCGGCGCCGCUGAGGGGUCCGGUCAGCGCGGCCGUUGGGCGGCGGAGCCCAGGCUGGGGGGACUGCGGACCGGACAGAGGUGCGUGCGGCUGGGGCGGGUCCACCGGGGGGCGCAGGGAAUGCUCAGAGCAGGGGCCAGUUGGGCGCAGACACCCCUGCAGCCAGGCAGCCAGCAGAGGAGUGGUCCCCCGCAGCAUGCUCACAGGACCGCCACCAUGACGCACCUGCUGUUGGCCAAGGUGCUGAGCAUGGUGGGCGUGUUUGCCUGCAUGCUGCUGGGCACCCUGCUGCCCGUGCGGCUGCUGGACGCCAACCUGGACAAGGCGCAGCGCUCCCAGAAGGCACUGGCGCUCUGCAACGCCUUUGGCGGCGGCGUCUUCCUGGCCACCUGCUUCAAUGCGCUGCUGCCGGCCGUGCGGGACAAGCUGCAGCGCGUGCUCAACCUGGGCCACAUCAGCACUGACUACCCGCUGGCCGAGACCAUCAUGCUGCUGGGUUUCUUCCUGACGCUCUUCCUGGAGCAGCUGGUGCUGAGCUGCCGCAAGGAGAAGCCGCCCUUCAUCGACCUGGAGACCUUCAACGCUGGCUGCUCGGACGCCGGCAGCGACUCCGAGUUCGAGAGCCCAUUCCUGGGUGGCGCGCGGGGCCGAGCCCUCCUGGCCUCGGAACCGCACGGCCACGGCCCCGGGCUGCUGCGGGUGCAGGAGCUGCCGGGCGCCGGGCCCCUGCGCCUGCUCAGCCUCGUCUCGGCGCUGUCUGCCCACUCUGUCUUCGAGGGCCUGGCCUUGGGCCUGCAGGAGGAAGGUGAGAAGGUGGUGAGCCUGUUCGUGGGCGUGGCCGUGCACGAGACACUGGUGGCCGUGGCCCUGGGUGUCAACAUGGCCCGGAGCGCCGUGCCACUGCGGCAGGCCGCCAAGCUGGCCGUGGCCGUGAGCGCCAUGAUCCCGCUGGGCAUCGGCGUGGGCCUGGCCAUCGAGAGCGCUCGCGGCGUGCCGGGCAGUGUGGUGUCCGUGCUGCUGCAAGGCCUGGCAGGUGGCACCUUUCUCUUUGUCACCUUCCUGGAGAUCCUGGCCAAGGAGCUGGAGGACAAGAACGACCGACUGCUCAAGGUGCUGUGCCUGGUGCUGGGCUACGCUGUGCUGGCUGCCAUGGUCUUCCUCAAGUGGUGAGGGGGAGCCCCCUGCUGGGGCUCCGCACCCACUCCUCGAAGAAGACCUCUAAGUGUGUCAACCUGCACGGCCUGGCCUCUCACCCUGGCCCCUUCCCUGGUGGCUGGGUCCCUGCCCUGCUGGCCCCCCGUGGGUCCUGGCAAGCCCCCUCAUGUGGCCGUGGCGAGGACUGAGGCUCAGAGCCUGCGCCAACUCUCAGGAGCCCCAUUUGUCCCCCAUUUCUGGAUAGUUCCUCCGCCCCCACAGAAG